AUGGCUGAAGAAGAACACACUUUCGAAACCGCUGAUGCCGGUUCCUCCUUGACCUACCCAAUGCAAUGUUCUGCCUUGAGAAAGAACGGUUUCGUCGUCAUCAAGAACAGGCCAUGUAAGAUCGUUGAUAUGUCCACCUCCAAGACCGGUAAGCACGGUCACGCCAAAGUGCACUUGGUCGCUAUCGAUAUCUUCACCGGUAAGAAGUUGGAAGACUUGUCUCCCUCCACCCACAACAUGGAAGUGCCAUUCGUCAAGAGAACCGAGUACCAGUUGUUGGACAUCGACGACGGAUACUUGUCCUUGAUGACCAUGGACGGUGAAACCAAGGAUGACGUCAGAGCUCCAGAUGGUGAAUUGGGUGAGGGCAUUCAAUCCAACUUCGACGAAGGCAAGGACUUGAAUGUCACUAUCAUUGCCGCUAUGGGUGAAGAAGCUGCUAUUUCUUUCAAAGAAGCUCCAAAAACCGAUUAA